GAUAAAAACAAAAAGGUCAAAGUCAUCGACUUUGGGCUUAGCACCGAAACACAACCUGGACAAAUGCUAAACCAGCACUGCGGUGCGUAUUCUUUUGGUUUCCCGGAACGCUUCCUUGGACUUCUGUAUGACGGGAUGAAGAAUGAUAUGUGGACAAUAGGAGAGGUCUUGUAUUAUAUGGUAGUGGGAAAGCUCCCAUUUGAUUCUGUGAUCAUCCAAGAAUUACAAAAACAAGUUGUUACAGGGGUGUAUCCUGCCCCCUGUGGGGUUUCAGAAGAACUGGAGAACCUCCUUAGUCAAUUACUAACAGUAAAUCCAAUGUAUAGACCAACAGCCAGCGAGGUGAUGAAACACGCCUGGUUCAAAGAACAUGGGAAGGGGUUCACAGUUCGUUGUGAAGAACUGCUUCCCCUCAGGCCAGACCCUGAAAUUUUGGGUGCGAUGAAAUGCAUGGGAUUUCAAGCCUCUGUAAUAAAAUACUCCCUAAUAAAAAGAAAAUAUAAUGAGGAAAUGGCAACUUAUUGCUUCCUACAACAGCAGGCUCUCCCAGGGUAUGGCUGCACAGCCCAGGCACAGCAUGUGCGUCCCAUUGCAGCCCCAUUUCCUAGCCUUGAUACUGCUGCUGCUUUUAGAUUACAAAGAAAGAGGAGUGGAAGCCUGCCAGUCCUUGACACCUUGCAGGUGUCAUUCUCCCAAGGUCACGUAUCUCAUUAUGGCCAGAAGGUUCAUCCAAAAGGAGGAAGAAGGUCCACUGUGGCUGGUCGUCUCAGGCCACUACCGAUGACACCUACACAGGACCACUAUCACAAAUGUGCCAUGAGUGUCCCAUACAUUCAAACAACAAGCAUCUUCAGUGAGAAGAGUAGCAACAAGGAAAUAAAAGAAGAUAAUCUACUCUCCCACAGAGCCCCAUUAGAGGAUAAGCCCAUCUCCAGCAGGGUCCGGCACAGAGGUUUUAAGGGGUGGACCAGGAAUAUAGCAAAUGCCCUGAUAAAGCUUUGUUGCUGCUUGCCAAGGAGAAAGAAACCUCGCCUGGGGCAGAACAGAAUCUCCCCCCAGAAAUGAGCCACAGGGAGAGUCCAGAUAACAAGCAGCAGGCACAGCCCAGUGCCAUCUUGAAAUUCUGUCAUGUCCUGAGUAUAAACAGGAGGUGAUUUCAGACACAUGGCCAAGGAAAAGACACCAGCAGAAGCUACAGCACCAACAGGAGAAACAGCAAUAGCACCAGCAGCAUUAGCAGCAGAAGGAGGAGGAGGAGGAGAAAGAGGAGGAAGAGGAGGAUUCCCCAACACCAAUCUCCUCCCUCCUCUUGAUUUCUCCUCUUCCCAGCAGGGACCCAAUAUGAAUGAUGAGUUCCCCACUCUACAGAGUUGUCUUGUUGACCCAUCCCUUCAGAUGGACUCCAUCUCCCUCUUAGGCCAAUAGCUCCACAGGGUGAGAACUAGAGGGUCAUGGGAUCAUGGACUCUUCCAUGGGCUACUAAUCCAUAGAGAAACGGGCCUGUAAUACCAGACACUCAAGACACACAAUAGGUAGGGGGAUCAGAACUUCAAGGCUAGCCUGGUCUACAUCAUGAGUUUAAGAUCAGCUUGGACAACUUAGUGACACCCUUUUUCUAGAGGUGAGGAGGGCUAAGGCUACUAACUCAGUGGUAGAGUACUCGUGGGGAAACAGACUGCUGUCCAUUGAUACCUCUCCUUCCUUGCUCGGAAAUACACAAUGGUAUUAGAAGAGUCAAAGGUUCCUGGCCUAGCAUCCACUAUUCUAUUUGCUACAUCAUUAAGGGUGCAGUUUUUGGUAUUUUGGUCAGGGAUCAAAUCUAUGAAAUAAAACUUAAGCAAUACUCUCAUUGCUGUCAUAGUGGGAGGUGGAUGAUAAAUGCUUGCCCACCUGCAUCAGUACAAAGCUGGUUCCUUGGACUCCCUGCAAACACAUCACUGCUAACUGUGUGCCUUGUAUAGGCUUUUCCAGCACUGUCAUAGCUUGAAAACCUUCCCUGCUAUGGACCCUUGAGUGGGCAUCCUGCCUUUCUCAGUCUCAGAAUGGAGCAAAGAUCCCCUGCUCACCUCUAGGCUUACAGGUCAGGGACCUCUUCCAUCCCAUAGUGAACAAGACUGGCACAGCUGCACACACCUUGGAAAAAGAAUGUAUUGGCAACCCUUAACAAAAAAGAUGUUUCUUACUUUGGAUUAUGGCAUUCUAUAAAAUACGGGUAUUUCCUGGUAUAAUUACACAU